CGCUUUUUUCGGCCCUUGUUUGCACUCGGUUUUUCUCAGUUUCUUUGCUCCUACGGCCUAACUGACCAAAAUGCCCAGCAGAAGGAAGUCCUUCGCCAUUCGGAAACGAUCGCAUUCUGCUCCUGCUGCUGUGCGUCUUCCACCGUCCAGGACUAGAAAGCGAAAGCAGUGGACCGAAUAGAAUAUGCUGUUAGCUCUCAAGGCAGUCGAAGAAGGUGUGUCUGUCAGUAAAGCGGCACCGGAUUUCGAUGUACCUAGGAGUAUAUACCUUAUACGACCGCGUUAGCGGAGGAGUUGUCCACGGUGUAAAGCCAGGCCCCGAACCGUACCUCAGUCAGACAGAAAAGAAAGAGCUAGGUGGCUACCUAAAGCACUGUGCCAAAGUUGGGUAUGGAAAAACGAGGAGGGAUGUGCUCUGUAUUGUCGAAUCUGCUGUCAACGAGAGUGGUAAACUGCGGUCCGGCCAUGUGUCUGAUGGCUGGUGGAGACGAUUCAAGGAGCAUCAGGGUGACUUGUCGUUGCGGCAGGGGGACAGCACUGCUCACGCCCGGAUGGACACCAUGAACCAGGAGACAAUUGACCACUACUUUAUGCUACUGCGCGAGACAUUGACAACACAUGGCCUUCUGAACAAGCCCUCGCAUAUCUACAACGUAGACGAAACUGGUGUCCCUCUGGUGGUGCAUCUUCCUCUGCCUCAACCUCUUCACAUUUGUCCACCAGUUCUCCCUCUCUUGCAACCAGCUCAA